AUGGUUAGAGUACCUAAGCUUGUGUUUGCUAAAAACCAAACUGAUAUACCUUCAGAUAACCAAAUCAUGCGACUUGAUGUUUCUAUGCCAUCGAUUAUGAAGCUUUUAGGAAGGCCGUCUAUAGUCAAUAUGGACUUUAUAUUCCUUGGUGAUGGUGUUAUAAAGCUAGGAAACCCUAAAACUAAAAUAGAAGACGUGGGUUAUGUUGGAUUCAAGACCAAAGGACUAGAUAAAUUCCAUGCUGAGAUUUCACUUGAGAAUAGAAAAUUUCGUAUCAGAGACACGGCCUCUGUCUUGGGUACCUAUUUGAAUGGAAUGAGACUGAGCAAGGAACGCGAAGAAUCAAAAUGGUUCAAUUUGGAGGAUGGAGAUGAGAUUACACUAGGUUACUCCCAAAAGAGUAUUUUGAAACCAUGUAACCACAUUUCCAUGACAUUUGAAGAGCUUAACAAAAACGGAUCAUAUAUCCCUACAAAGAAGAAGAUGGUAAAUCCUGAAACUCUUCCUUUAGCUGAAGAUUUUGGAGAUCUUAUGUUUCCAGAAUGCUGUAUAUGUCUCGAGGAUAUAAAAUACCGCCAAGCUCUGUUGGUUCCAUCAUGCUCUCACACACUCCAUUAUGAUUGUGCAAGACAACUUAUUGCCACUGAUCCUGGCUACUUUUGUCCUGUCUGCCGUUCAUUCUCGCAUCUGUCCAUUACCAAUUUCUUGACCCCAAAACAAGCCCAUGAUACCUUGUGUAGUGCCAUCCUAUAA